GGGUGCUUGGAAGCGAGUAGUGCCGGAAUCACAUGCUGUAUCACCUCCCAAACUAGGCAUCAAAGGUCUACAUACGCCAUUCUGUGCCGCUUUGGCGACUGGCAACUCUACGCGCCAUGGUGUAGGUACGCCGGCUCUGUACGCGAUUGUCACAUCGGUAAUUGCUAG